CACUUGAUCACAUUGACACUGGACAAACGAUCGCUGGUCUGAAUGACAAUGACUGGUGAAUACACAGAUCUUAAUAAGAUACGAUUUGAAACAAGAAUAGCUAAUUUCUGCUUUGUACCAGACUACUGAAUCAAGUCGGCCAUAUCUGUGUUCCAAAAUAAGAAGACCACAUUUACAAUAUUACGCUCUACACUCUUCUGGAAUUGGGUCAAUAAUUUUAGUUUUGACAACCAUAGAGUAAUACAGAUAUAUUUUGAUGAUCCUACCACAGUAGAUCCGGAAAUUAACAAAAGGUGUUGUGGAUUCGCUAGUGGUAUAUGUACCACACUGGGAUUAUAUAUGUGGCGAUUCGUGUGGAUGUCCACCCCGGGACCGUAGGGUUAGAGAUUUGCGAAAUCAACCUCUGGACCGUAGAGCUUUACCAGCUGGUUCGAUCCACGAGACAUGGUGCGCGAGAGUAGACGCGAGGCUCUCGAUUGGAGUGACGUCCACUACAACCGUGAGCCGGGAAUGCGCUUUCCUCGCUACCACUACCAUCCCCGGGACCCCCGGGACAAUUACUCCUUGUUAUCGGGGUUCUCCGAUGGACGUCGACGGCAAAAGAAGGUGGGGUGGGAUUUUUCUGACAUGAACAGUACCGGAAGUACUCGUUACGGAUAUAGUACUGAUGGAUAUGCACAUGCUGCACAUACUAGUAGAAGUGCACGUGCCCGGUACAGCUAUGCACCAGUUGAGCCUCUUUAUGGACGGAAUUCGUUCGUGAGGCCGUACCGAGCACCCGAUAGUGACACGGAUAACGCCAGAAACUAUUCACGACGCGCGCGCCACCUGUUGCAACCAGAUACGGUCGGCCGACAGUAUGACGAGUCGGCGACUAGAGCAAACGUAAGAAGUGGGGGUCACAUUUACCGAAGGGUUACCCAUGGUAAUUUGAAUAGGGACAGACGUGAAACGGCAGGAGCCGACUAUACCUCUCCAAGACUUGAAUACGAGUCGCAGGAAAGGAAGACAGCAGAUGACGAAGAAUCUGAAGACCAAAUUGUAGACCAGUGUUGUGGCUGUGUUGACAUUGUGGUGACAUCAUGCUGUUGGGGGACAGAAGUCGUCACGUGCCGUUAUCACGAUUCUUCUGCAGAAGAAAAAGACUCGGCAGAAGAGACUACGGAGAGUGUAAUUGAGGAAACAACUUCUGACAAAACCGAGACGGAUGAGAGUGACGACGACAUUGAUGAUGAAACUUCGGAGGGACGAUGGGCAUCCCCCCGUCGCAGACCUCCUGCUGUGAUGCCAACAUUUAAACAAAAGAUAAAACCCGAAGCUGAAGCUACUAAACAAGUCAAGUCGAGUCCAAAAGACCCGAGGGUUUACGAGGAAUAUUCAACAGGUGACUCGUCGGAUUUGUCAGAUUCCUCAGAUGCCCUCACAUCUGUCCACUCAUGCAAUGACGCAACUCCGCCGGACAAAAACAUUAAUACCAAGGUUACAAUGAGCACACGGAAGAUAUUCCUAAGGGAAAAAGUCGAACUUGAAAUAGAACCCAAUCCAACUGAAACCACGCCGGUUGUGUUUCUUCCCAAGCCACCCAAGCCAGCGGAAACGAAACCACCGCAGAGAAAUGCCAGAACGCCAAAAGCAAAGUACAUUGGCGAGAAACCAAAGCUUGACAACUACAAGACUGCUAUACUAUCCGAUAUUGACCCAGUCGAUGGUCCGUUUGUUGAUGGUGUUGCAGACAACCCACUCCACAUACGGGAUACAAUUCAUCGCGAACGGGAACUCAUCAUGUACAAACCGGAACCGGAAAUACCUCCUCCAUACAAACAUAAACCUAUCCCGCCGCGUCCCAUGUUUCCAUUAAAGAAGCUACCGAAGCGUGAGGCUGUGAUGGUCCGUGUUGGCGGAGGUUGGAUGAAUGUUGAACACCACCGGAAGAGGCGGAUACCGUUAGAGAUACAGGAACACCACCGAAGUGUCACGAAUGACAAGUACCUGACAAUCCGAUCAAAGUUCACAACAAAUAAAGAACAUAUUCCUGUUGCCUAUACCAAGUAUCGGGACAAAGCAGUUUGGUUAAAAAAGAAAGAAACGUAACUUCCGGUUCAGAUCAAAAUGCUCAACGUGCGUACACAAACUGUUAUAGGCAAAACUGAAAUUAACCAUUUUCGACACACAAAAAAAGAAACACAACUUCAGGUUCAGAACGAUAUUCUCUCCAAGUCAUUUGACUGGUACAGUGUAUAGUGAUUUAUAUAAAUGCUAAAUAGAUUUUAGAUACUGGGCGGAAGACCCGAAUCGGCCUGGAACAUUUUGGCUCAUGCAUUCAGUAAAGUUUUACGAAAUAACAGAGAUCCCGGAUCAAUUGCAUUUUACUACCCCUCCCCCCCCCCAAAAAAAAGGCCUUUCAGGAUUUUUGGUUCAGCUAGCCAGGCCUUUGGACUAUUGGACUACUGGGCCCUGAUCUUACUAUAAAUACCCCAAACCACAGUAAAAGAUGGACCCCAAACAUGAUCAUAUCAGCAUCGAUCAAGAUAUAUGUGGAUUUUUUACAUGAUGUCCUUAAUAAAUCGCUAUUGUCAUUAAAUAUUGCUUUUUAUUAAAACAACAGCCUAAGUUCACUACCAGCUUGUAUAUCACAAACUCCCAUGCUAAACACAACAUCUUAGAUUGUGUAGGUCGGAUUUUUUCUGUCUGACACUAGCAAACAAUGUUUUAUAAUAUAAUGAUGUAUCCUGGCAAAAGAAAUGAGAUUUAAAGAUAUUGUACUGAAUAAUUUACAGGACUUAAAAAUCUUAAACCUUAUAUUUAUAUUAUUAAGCUACAGUUGUUGUGUAAA